UAACCACUCAGUAGCUACUGAGAAGAAACAGAGUGAAGCACGCGCUGAACCAGAGAGAUGCUGAGAAUUGGCGGGAAAGGAGGAGGAGGAAUGGGGCAUCUAUUGGCGGCGGCGGCGGCCGCUCUUCUUCUCCGCCUCUUCUCUGCCCCGGGCCCGGAGUUACUGCCCGAGACCUUGCCGGAGGAUGCCGACGACGACGACGACGAAGGCCGCCUUCCGGUGAAAGGGAAAGUUGCGCCGGUCACUAUCAAAUGGACCAACAUUAAUUGCUCUCUCUCCGAUAAAUCGUCCAAAUCAGUCCGUUUUCUGCUGAAAAAUGUUAGCGGAGAGGCGAAACCCGGUAGAUUACUUGCAAUAAUGGGUCCAUCGGGAUCUGGGAAGACUACCCUGCUCAAUCUUUUGGCUGGUCAGAUAAUGGCAUCACCGAGAUUACAUUUGUCCGGCCUUUUGGAGGUUAAUGGGCAGCCAUUCUCAAAUAAAGCUUAUAAGUUUGCCUUUGUUAGGCAGGAGGAUCUCUUUUUCUCACAGUUGACAGUUAGAGAAACACUCUCUCUUGCUGCUGAACUCCAGCUGCAGGAUAUAUCUUCCGUCGAAGAGAGAGAUGAAUAUGUGAAUGAUCUCCUGUUCAAACUCGGCCUGGUCAGCUGUGCUGAUUCACGCGUUGGGGAUGCAAAAGUUCGUGGUAUCAGUGGUGGUGAAAAGAAAAGAUUGUCAGUGGCAUGCGAGCUAAUAGCUAGUCCAUCUGUCAUUUUUGCCGAUGAACCUACUACAGGACUUGAUGCAUUCCAGGCUGAGAAAGUAAUGGAAACCCUAAGGCAACUUGCGGAGGAUGGACACACUGUCAUCUGCUCUAUACACCAGCCCAGAGGCUCAGUAUAUGCCAAAUUUGACGACAUCUUAUUGCUCACAGAAGGUUCGCUUGUUUAUGCUGGUCCUGCACGUGAUGAAACAUUGUCUUACUUCUCAAAAUUCGGGUACAUUUGUCCCGAUCAUGAGAACCCUGCAGAGUUUUUGGCCGAUCUCAUUUCAGUAGACUAUAGUUCUACCGAGAGUGUCAAUGCUUCUCAGAAAAGAAUAGAUGGUCUCGUUGAAUCAUUUGCCGAGCUGAUGUCAUCAACUCUAUAUGCAACUCCACUGACCGGACUAGAUUCUAAGAACAACACAAACUCGAGGAAUAAAACUGUUGCCAAAAGUAAAGGUGGUUGGUGGAGGCAAUUUCGGUUACUCCUUAAGCGUGCAUGGAUGCAGGCUUCUCGUGAUGGUCCUACAAACAAAGUUCGAGCAAGGAUGUCCAUAGCAUCAGCUGUAAUAUUCGGUUCUGUCUUUUGGAGGAUGGGAAGAUCACAGACUUCGAUACAAGAUAGAAUGGGAUUGCUUCAGGUUGCUGCUAUAAACACUGCAAUGGCUGCACUCACUAAGACUGUAGGCGUCUUUCCCAAAGAGCGUGCAAUUGUCGAUAGAGAGAGAGCCAAAGGGUCGUAUUCGUUAGGGCCAUAUUUACUCUCGAAAUUGUUAGCUGAGAUUCCUGUUGGAGCAGCUUUCCCGUUGCUUUUCGGUACCGCUUUGUACCCCAUGACUCGUCUGCAUCCAACAAUAUCAAGAUUUGGAAAGUUCUGUGGAAUAGUAACCGCGGAGUCCUUUGCGGCAUCAGCGAUGGGCCUAACGGUUGGAGCUAUAGUUCCAAAUACCGAAGCAGCUUUAGCCGUAGGACCAUCACUUAUGACGGUUUUCAUUGUAUUUGGAGGCUACUACGUCAAUGCAGAGAACACCCCAAUCAUCUUUCGUUGGAUUCCUCGCGUUUCUCUCAUCAGAUGGGCAUUUCAAGGGCUUUGCAUUAACGAAUUCAGCGGCCUUCAGUUUGAUCAUCAGAACUCGUUCGACGUUCAGUCUGGCGAACAAGUGCUCGAUCGGCUUUCGUUCGGAGGGAGUCGAAUCAGAGAUACUGUGACAGCUCAAGGCAGAAUAUUACUAUUCUGGUACUACACUACAUACCUUCUCCUGGAGAAAAAUAAACCCAAAUACCAGCAACUCGAGCCUCCACCUAGUGAUGAAAAUUAUCAAAUACAAACUCCGUUAAAGCUUGAGCCACUCGAAAGUGAAACCGAAGAAGAACUGUACGAGCCAACACCACCCGAGUCUCCACUUUCCGACCAAGGUAAACCCGAACAGCCACUACUUCAAUCUCCUCCUCCUCCUCCUCCUCCUUCCUCUGAACCACUUAAUCUCUUUGGGCUAGACGGUUUGUAAAAUAAAUAAAUUAAAAAAAAAAAAAAAAAAAAAAAAAAACCGGUUUGUAGAAUCGGUUGAGGGUGUUGAUGGAUCUUGAUACGAGGCGUGCUGGCGCUUUGCUGUUAUUUUUUUGUUAUAUCGUACAGGUGCUUAAUUCGGAGGGAGAUACUUGUGCAGUAAAGAAGGUAUGAAGGAUACUUUACAGAGAGCUAAAAUGAAACUAUGUUUAAUUAGGAGAACUUAAUAAUGAUUAGUGAGAUUUGAUGGUUAUGUAAUUCGGAAAAAAUCGAUAAACUUAGGCGGCACUCCAUCUCGUAUGGCUUGCCGUGUGGACACUCGUGUCGUUUAUUAGUUUAAUCAUACAAAUUAUGAAACAUCUUUAGUAGGUAAGCAGAAUACUUAAAUUCCUUUUUCAGUACUUGUUGAAAUAAAAUUGGAGUUGGCUUAUCGCCCGUAUGUUUGAAUCGUCG